UUACAGGUAAGGUUUGCGCUUUCCUCAGUGACCUCCUGGCGGUCUGUCGACAGAGACUUCAACUACGUCCAAUUCUGGCGGACGGUUGUGGACUUCUUUGAAAGACCCCCCAGUCGAGAAGCUCAGCGCAGGGUUGACAGACUCCUCAAAUGGUGGACCAGG